CCGGCCCAACAAAUAUGGGCCCAACUCGUCCAUCACUCGUUCUAUAAAUAAUUAGAAGCCCAGUAUUAUUUCUUAUCAUAUCCCCCACCCCCCAACUAGGGUUUUUCAGAGAUUUCGGAGCUGAGCAUUUCGUGAAUCGCUCGCAAUGGGAAGAAGGCCUGCUAGAUGUUACCGUCAGAUUAAGAACAAGCCGUACCCUAAAUCACGGUUUUGUCGAGGUGUCCCUGAUCCUAAAAUCAGGAUUUAUGAUGUGGGUAUGAAGAGGAAAGGUGUGGAUGAAUUCCCCUUUUGUGUUCAUCUUGUGAGUUGGGAGAAGGAAAACGUGUCAAGUGAGGCAUUGGAAGCUGCCCGUAUUGCCUGCAACAAGUACAUGACCAAGUUCGCUGGAAAGGAUGCUUUCCAUCUAAGGGUUAGGGUGCACCCGUUCCAUGUUCUUCGUAUCAACAAGAUGCUUUCGUGUGCCGGGGCUGAUAGGCUCCAAACAGGUAUGAGGGGUGCUUUUGGCAAACCUCAAGGUGUUUGUGCUCGUGUUGCUAUUGGUCAGGUCCUCCUUUCUGUUCGUUGCAAGGACGGUAACAGUCAACAUGCUCAGGAGGCUCUCCGUCGUGCCAAGUUCAAGUUCCCUGGCCGUCAAAAGAUUAUUAUCAGCAGGAAGUGGGGAUUCACCAAACACAAUCGCGCUGAUUAUCUCAAGUACAAAUCUGAGAACAGGAUUUUAAAUGAUGGUGUCAAUGCCAAGCUUCUUGGAUGCCAUGGACCUCUUUCCAAUCGUCAACCUGGAAGAGCUUUCCUCACAGCACCUAGUGUAUCUACAUGAGAGAAUACAAGCUUCAUAAUUUCUUUGGGUUUGAGUUAGUUGUGAUCAAUCAAAACCAGAAUCCUUUUUUUUAACUGUAGUUUCAACUUUAUGUUAUUUUCAGAGAUUAUUGUUGUUGGCCCAAGUUUUGAUAUUGGAGAUCCUUUUUGUUUUAAACGUCAAUUAAUGUAUCCUUAAAAUGUGUACCAAUGAAUCUGUUUUACAGUUGUUGCUUUUGAGCCUGAA